CCCAGCCUCUGAAAGAUGACCUCGAAUGCCAGCUUGAGUGGGCAGGGCACCGGCCAGGGGAGGCCAGGCCUGGAAGCUCAUUACCAUGGGAGGGAGGGCGGUUUCUCUCCACCUCCGCUCCUUCCUCCCUCGCUGCCUUCCUUACUUGCGCCUCUUCUCCAGGGCCAGACUAAGCCUGGGCUGAUCUCAGGCAGACACGGACAGACUCCACGGCAGCUCCAGGAGCCCAGAUACCAGCAGCCAGAGAGAAGGCCCAGAAGCUUCCUGCAGCCAUGUCGGCCCUCAUCCUGCUCAUUCUGGGCCUGUUCACGGCAGUGCCACCCGCCAGCUGUCAGCAAGCCCCCACUGCUGCCGAGCCUGCUGCAGCAUCCCUGCUCCCCUCUUUCCAGGCCUGGGGAACCUGCAGCCCUGGAUGCAGGGCUUAAUCGCUGUGGCUGUGUUCCUGGUCCUGGUCGCAAUUGCCUUUGCUGUCAACCACUUCUGGUGCCAGGAAGAGCCGUCCAACGAGCACGAGAAUGCCUAUGAGAAUAUCCCUGAGGAGGAGGGCAGGGUCCGAAGCACCCCCAUGUGACCCCUGCUUGCCUGUGGGCCCCAGCCGUGAGCCCAGGUGCCUGUGAUGGAUGCCCAGAUCACCACUCAAGCCGCUCCUUCUCUGUGUAGGAAUCUACAGUAAGGGGCCGAUUCUUCCAACCCCGCAUUGCCCACCUUCUCUGGAGUGGUCACCAGCCAAAGUCGAAGCUCAGGCUGUAUCCAGGUUGGGGCUCAGCUAUGGCUCUGGGGGGUUUCCUAGGAGGUCUCCCACCCAAUUCAAUUCAGAAGACCCUUCUGAAGAGAACAGUCAACUCAUCACCUACUGCCUUGCCUCAUACUGUCUUCCUCUAACCUUGGAAAUGCCUCUUAUUUCUGUGAAAUAAAGAUGUUUCGUAUU